CAAAGCUAUGUCAUCUUGUCUUCAGGUGGUCUUCUUUCACUAUAAAAGGCCAGCCAGUUCCAAGUAUAUUCACCAUCAAAUUCAAAGCUAAUUACAUUCAUCUCAAAAAGGCAAGCAAAUUACUACAAAAUUAUCUUAGGAAGAAUUCUUUUCUAAUAUAUCAUUAGUAUGUCAAACCCUUAUUCUCCUGAGAUCACUGAGACCGAUGCUAAGGAACGCGGUCUCUUUGAUUGCUUUGGCAAGAAAGAAGAGAAAGCAAAAGAGGAAGUGAACAUGGCUGAGCCAGAAAAGCUCCAGCGCUCAAACAGCAGCAGCUCUAGCUCAUCAGAGGAAGAGGUGGAGGAAGACGGAGUGAAGAUAAAGAGGAAGAAGAACAAGGGACUGAAAGAUAAGAUCAAGGAAAAGCUACCAGGUCACAAAGAUGAAGGAGCUGCUGCACUUCCAGAAAGUGAUCACACUAGUAACCAUCAUCAUCAAGCUGCAGACGUUAAUGCAGAGGGACUGCACGCCGAGGAAAAGAAGGGUUUUCUCGAGAAAAUGUUGGAGAAAUUGCCCGGGAAUCACAAGGAUGAUGCAGUUGCUCCUGUCGCGGUUCCUGCUCCUCCUCAACCACCAGUUGCAGAUCACUGUGGGCACAAUGGGCAAUGUGCAGGGUCACAAGAACACCAGGAGGAGAAGAAAGGGUUCUUAGAGAAGAUUAAAGAUAAGCUCCCUGGUGGACAUAAGGAAGGUGAUGAAACCAAGAAAGAUCAUUAAUUAGUUAAGCACCCUCUAAGCAGUUUGUAGGUUUUCUCUGAUGUUUUUAGAGUAUGUUAAGCCUUUGUAAUUUGUGUUCUGCAGUUUUCCGUCUUUCCCAGCUUUGUCCUGUUUGGUAUCAGUUUCUGCUUCUUGUUUCAUAGCAAGAUCUUCAUAUUUAAUUCCAGCUUUGGCUUUUGCAUCUUCAAAA